AUGAGUGCAUUCACGCUGUUGUGCAGCCCCGCCGCCAUCCCCGGGACUCUGCAUCUUGCACAACUGGACCUCUGUCCCCAUCGGCAGGGAAGAACCAGCCAGGGCCUGCCCUGGGGCGCCUGCCGUGGCAAUGGGCACUCACGCCGUCAGGUCGCAGUUGGCUGCUCCGGUUCAGGGCAGAGAGCUGAUGUCUUUUCCUUUGUGUUGCAGACGCUGGUGAUCAAGGUGGCCGGAGUGAUCCUGUCCGUGGUGGGCGGGCUGGCUGUGGGGAAGGAAGGACCGAUGAUUCACUCAGGCUCCGUGAUUGCUGCUGGGAUUUCCCAGGGCAGGUCGACGUCCCUGAAGCGGGAUUUCAAGAUCUUUGAGUACUUCCGCAGAGACACCGAGAAGCGGGACUUUGUCUCGGCAGGAGCUGCCGCCGGCGUGUCUGCUGCGUUCGGAGCCCCUGUGGGUGGGGUCCUGUUCAGCCUGGAGGAGGGUGCCUCCUUCUGGAACCAGUUCCUGACGUGGAGAAUUUUCUUCGCUUCCAUGAUCUCCACCUUCACCCUGAACUUCGUGCUAAGCAUUUACCACGGGAACGUCUGGGAUCUGUCCAGCCCAGGCCUCAUUAACUUCGGGAGAUUCGACACAGAGACGAUGGUGUACACAAUCCACGAGAUCCCCAUCUUCAUCGCCAUGGGCGUGGUGGGCGGUGUUCUUGGGGCUGUGUUCAAUGCCUUGAAUUACUGGCUGACGAUGUUUCGGAUCAGGUACAUCCACAGACCAUGCCUCCAGGUGAUCGAGGCCAUGCUGGUGGCUGCCGUCACGGCCACGGUCGCCUUCGUGCUGAUUUACUCAUCGCGGGACUGCCAGCCCCUGCAGGGCAGCUCCGUGUCCUACCCCCUCCAGCUCUUCUGUGCGGAUGGCGAGUACAACUCCAUGGCCGCAGCCUUCUUCAACACCCCAGAGAAGAGCGUGGUCGGCCUUUUCCACGACCCCCCAGGCUCCUAUAACCCCAUGACCCUCGGCCUCUUCACGCUCGUCUACUUCCUCCUGGCCUGCUGGACCUACGGGCUCACCGUGUCUGCUGGCGUCUUCAUCCCGUCCCUGCUCAUCGGGGCCGCCUGGGGCCGGCUCUUUGGCAUAUCCCUGUCCUACCUCACGGGGGCUGCGAUCUGGGCGGACCCCGGCAAGUACGCCCUGAUGGGAGCCGCCGCCCAGCUGGGCGGCAUCGUGAGGAUGACGCUGAGCCUGACGGUCAUCAUGAUGGAGGCCACCAGCAACGUGACCUACGGCUUCCCCAUCAUGCUGGUCCUCAUGACCGCCAAGAUCGUGGGGGACGUCUUCAUCGAGGGCCUGUACGAUGUGCACAUCCAGCUGCAGAGCGUGCCCUUCCUGCACUGGGAGGCCCCCGUCACCUCCCACUCGCUCACGGCCAGGGAGGUGAUGAGCACGCCGGUGACCUGCCUGCGGAGGCGGGAGAAGGUGGGCGUUGUUGUGGAUGUGCUCAGCUGCACGGCGUCCAGUCACAACGGCUUCCCCGUGGUGGAGUGCACCCACGACAGCCAGCCAGCCAGGCUCCGGGGCCUGAUCCUGCGUUCGCAGCUGAUCGUCCUGCUGAAGCAUAAGGUGUUCGUGGAGCGGUCCAACACGGGCCUGGUGCGGCGGCGGCUGAGGCUGAAGGACUUCCGCGACGCCUACCCGCGCUUCCCGCCCAUCCAGUCCAUCCACGUGUCCCAGGAUGAGCGCGGGUGCACCGUGGACCUCUCCGAGUUCAUGAACCCCUGCCCCUACACGGUGCCCCAGGAGGCGUCACUGCCGCGGGUGUUCAAGCUGUUCCGGGCCCUGGGCCUCAGGCACCUGGUGGUGGUGGACAACUGCAAUCAGGUGGUUGGGCUGGUGACCAGGAAGGACCUGGCCAGGUACCGGCUUGGGAAGGGGGGCCUGGAGGAGCUGGCGCUGGCCCAGACGUGAGGCCCUGGGUCCCUGCCUCGUGCCCAGGCGGUGGUGGAUCCGGCACCCUCCAGAGCUCAGGAUGCACGUGCGUGUUUGUGUGUGUGUGUGUCUGUGUGCCCGCGUGUGUGUGUAAGAUGGCGAGUGAGCUGGGUCCCUGGGUCCAGGGCUACAGGCCCCCAGGACGGGCCCCACCGUGGCUCUGUGCUCCGUCACCCGGGCCGGCUCAGAGGGACCACGCUGCCUGUGCCUGCCAGCCCGAGCCUGGGUGACGUGAGGCUGCAGUGGGGCCCUGGGCCUUGUGCCCCUCGGCUUGGCCUGCCGUAGCGAUGGCACCUGGACGCUUGGGGCGAUGCCUCGGAGGACAGGCUCCAGCGGCUCCGCCCAGACUCACCCCAGGCACCCCUGGGCCACCCCCUCAUACAGCAGGCUCUGUGCUGGGGUCCCAGCUGGAAGAGAGCUGAGACUGGCCUCUGCACCCCGACCCUGAGCUGGAGUCCACAAGAGCGGUUGUCUCUGCACCUGUGUGAGCAGCAGCUGGGCGGGAGGGUCUCAGCACACCCUCCCCAAUCCCAGAGGACCGUGGGCCAUGUUCCAGAGCCACUCAGUUCCAGUCUUGGGACAGGCGGGCUCUGGGAUGAGUCGGUGUGCCCGCAGAAAGUGUGCUACGCCUUCCCAUGCCAGGCAGGGCAGGUCUGUUGUCCUGUGCGCCCCGGCCCUGUGGGGCUGUCCUGGGGUGAUUCCCGCGUGCCCAGCCCACUUCUAGACAACAAAGACACCUCGGUUUUGGCCCCUUUUGUGGGGGUGGGGGAUUGGAACUGGCGAAUUAAAGGAAUUGGACCUGGGUGGCCGGGGCCGGCCUCCUUGUCCCUGGCAGCACUGACCGCAGUCCGGCAGCAGGACCUGUGGGGUCGUGGGGCAGGGGUGGCCCCGGACCGGGCCUCCGUGGUGUCUGGCUCGAGUGUGGCCACAGGCAGGCGUGCCCCGUGGGGAAGCCCCCCUGGGACGGCCCCCACGCCCCAGGGCGUCCGGCUCAGGUGGGCCUGGCUGUACUCUGCCACCCUGGGGCUCCUGGCCUUCCUCCUGUGCCCCGACCAGAGGGCCAGCGAUCGCUCCCACCCAGGCCGGCAGCACUUGCCUGGGCGAGGGGCUGACUGAAGCCUUACUCACCUAGGGAAGCCUCGGUCCGCCCCCGGCGGGAGGGCCUGCGUGACCUCAGGGAGAGCACGGGGCCCCUGGCGGCGUGAGGGCCGAAGGGCCACAGUGGCCUGGGGUGGGACGUGAAACACCGCCUCAGGCGCCGGACACUCAGCUGGGGAAGGUGUGCGCAGCAUCUUGCUACCGUUUUGAGACAAUUACUUGUCGAAAUGGCAAUAUUUAGAUAACGUUGGGUUAAAUAAAGUGGACUGAGACUUGC